AUGUGCGACAUAAGCUUCAAGACCGAAGAUCGAGAAGGGGUCCUAGCUCCCCAUUAUGGUGCCCUUGUAAUAUCGCUCACCGUGACGAAUUGCCUGGUGAAGAGAGUAGUAGUGGAUAGUGAGAGCUUCGGCAACAUCAUCUUCCAGACCGCGUAUCAAAGUCUAGGAUUAAAAGAUAGUAUCCUGACGAAAAAGGUAGUCCCACUCGUGGGAUUCAGCGGAGAAAUUAAGCAUACAGAGGGGGAAAUCAUUCUCCCAGUCUACGCUGAAGGAGUCAGCAUGCUAACCAAGUUCCUAGUCGUCGACUGCCAGUCACCAUAUAAUAUUGUCCUCGGAAGGCCUUGGAUUCCCGGCAUGGGGGCUGUCCCCUCGACACUCCAUCAAGUGAUAAAGUUCCCCACGCCCUGGGGUAUGAGAGCAAUCAAAGGAGAUCAAGAAAACUCCCACUCCUGUUAUCAGAUUACCCUCAAGGGAAAAACCGGAGUCCCGCAGCGAACCCAAGAGGGCCCUUCAUCUCAACAUAUGGAGGAACCCGAAGUCGAAGAAAUGGACGAUGUACCCCUGAUUGAAGGAGAUCGAACUCGUAAUCUCAAAAUCGGUUCCAAGCUCGCCGAGGGGGAGGUUGAUAGACUUCCUCAGAUCCAACUCUGA